UUUGUUUCUAAAAGCGAGCGGAGCGGAGGCUGCAGCCAUUUCUCCCAAAGGCUUCACUCCGGAUCUGACAGCACGGUGAACUCGGUAGACGGAGGAGCUUGAACCAAAAAACCGACACUUUUCUUUCUUUCUUUCUUUUUUCCCCCUCCUUUUCUCCUUGUUUCUUUCUUCUCGGCUGGCUUCGCUCGCCAGCUUGAUCGGAAACAUGGACCCAGCAAGCCGAUACCAAGUGUUGCACAAUGAGGACGACUCUUCAGAGGCCUCGACCAGCGAGCAGCAGCCGUGCACUUCUGCAACGGCUCAGGCUAGCACGUCCAGCCAGGACCAGAGUCUAGCCCAGGCCAGCCCGGCGGCGGGAACAGAGGCGUCAGGGUCGAGGACUCAGGGGGAGGCAGAAGCACCUCCACCUCCAUAUGCAUCCAUUGACCUGGGAGCAACAGCUGCAACACCCGAGACGAGUUACCGCAGCGACUUCCCAGUGCCUCCGCCUUACAGCGUCGCCACAUCACUGCCCACAUAUGACGAGGCAGAGAAGGCCAAAGCGGCCGCCAUGGCUGCUUCCACUGUGGAGGUGAUGCCACGGGAUGACGAAUUCCCUCCCAGAGACGACUUCAGUGACGCCGAUCAGCUUCGAGUCGGGAACGAUGGAAUCUUCAUGUUGGCCUUUUUCAUGGCCUUCCUGUUCAACUGGAUCGGGUUCUGCCUGUCCUUCUGCCUGACAAACACCAUCGCAGGACGCUACGGAGCCAUCUGCGGCUUCGGCCUGUCCCUCAUCAAAUGGAUUCUCAUCGUCAGGUUCUCAGACUACUUCACUGGCUACUUCAACGGUCAGUACUGGCUGUGGUGGAUCUUCCUGUUGCUCGGUCUCCUGCUGUUCUUCAGGGGUUUCGUUAACUACCUUAAAGUCCGCAACAUGUCAGAGAAUAUGGCCACCUCUCAUAGAACACGCCUCUUCUUCCUCUACUGAAAAAACAAAAAGGUUUCCACACAAUCACCAUUCCUUUCCAGUGUGAAGUUCCUUCCCUCCACCUCGAAUGACCUGACCAAGGAGCAGUGAAGAGAGGAGACGGGGGAAGGAAUGAAGGAAAGAAGUAGGGAGAAAAGUGUUACCAGUCUCAUUAAAAGCAUAAGACGACUCACUCUGAAGCCUCUACUUCUGAACCGAGCCGAAAAACUCAAAAGUCUUUGAUGAUCACGUCUCUUCCCUGGCUUUGUUUUUGUUAGUUUUUUUUUUCAUUUUCCUUUGAUUCAAAAGCUCUUUACUGCUCCGGGAUCGCGCAUAUAUGUCACGUCUCCGAAGAGUUGGGAGCGCGUUUGCGAUGCAUGACUUUAGUUACCUGAGGCGAAUCCAGCUCGCCACCAAAACCAGAUAUCAAAUAUUUUGCAGAAUUGAAAGCACAAUGAAACUUAUUUAAACGACGCGUCUUAAAUGUGGGGAGAGGCGUACAGAUAAAGGAAGCGCUGCGAUGGUGUGUAAACACACAAACAAUGACAGCAGUGUUAUCAGCUCAUGACUGAAUGAGAGAAGAAUUUUAAUCUAGAAAACAUGGAGGAAGCAGAAAGGCUUUGAUAUUCAGAUUUCCCCCUCCAACUUUGCGAUAAAAAUCAGGUGAGUGUCUGUGGUCCUGCAUAUUUCACUCAGAUAUCUUGAAGAGUUGUAGCCAUUCCGACGUUUUAAGUUCAGGGUGUUUUGAAGUCUUACUUUGACCGUGAUGUAGUGUUUUUUUUUUUUUUUAAAGCCCUCAUUUCCAUCAGGCUCAAACUGAAGAUUUAAAAAAGCAUGAUGCAAGAUGGAAUUUAAGUCUUUAUGCUCUAGCCAUUGCCAUUCUAGCCACUCAUAGGUCCGUAUUAAUUACUGUAAUGUACGUGUUAAUUAAGGUUGCAUUUUAAUGGAAGUACACUUGAAUAUCUAUAUUCCUCAAUCACAUGCACAGAUGAAAUAAAAUAAAACUUGAUGAAAUAAAACUCGAUAAAGUACGACUACAUACAAAUAAAUCUGUUUUCUAAUGACACAUUAUGAUAUAGUUUGUUUAAAUUACCCCAAAUUUCCAGUUAAUUCCCAUAAAUUUCUAUAAUUCCCUGAUUUCUGAUUUGGAAUAUUUCCAAAAUUAAUUGUUUCAUUGUUCACCCCUUUGCCAACCUUGUGUUAAUGCUUUAGAUGUGAGUUACUGUACGUGGAGGCUAUGCCUGUUCAAACAUGUCAGAUUUAUUGUGUUGGCACGGUGGGAGAGCAUGGCACAGAUAAACCCAGUAUGUGAGGGGAAAAAAAGUGGUACAGACCAUAUUCUAAUAGUUUGAAGUCUUAAGGGGACUUAAAUGUGCAUGCAUUAGUGAAAACUAAAAAUAUCACACAGCCUGAUGAGUACAGCAUUUCUAAACCCAACUCAGCUCCUGUUGACCUUUUUGCUUCUCCGUCCAGACGUGGCUUAGCACAGAAAACAGCUUGGAAUGAUCUGAAACUAUUAAUGUCUCAUUAUUUGAGGCAGACAAUCUGUUAAAUUGAGCUGGAAACAGGAAGCAGGUUUUUUUUAAUAAUCUCUGGGCCACUUGAGCAUAAAACCAGGAGCGUUUAUUCAAGAAAAUGUCCAAGGCAGUCGCUAAAAGUUUCGUAAAAUGAGCCUCAUUUCCCAAAAAAAUCCGCACAACCUCCCUUUUCUUUGCCUUUUUAAUGAAAAGUCAUGCUGACCUGACCUAUGCAGUAAAAAAAAAAUAAAAAAUGUUCAUCCGUCAUGACAUUUUAAAAAAAAGGAGGGCUGCACCACUUGGUAUUUUCUGUUUGAAUCAAAGAAAAAUGAAAAGAAUGCUGCAGAUAACUUCUGUUUCUUUUAUCGGUUUGUUUUACCACAACAGUUCCCUCCUCGGUCGCCUCUAAAACAAGAUGUACUGCUCUUUUUUCUCUCCCCACACUGAUUGCUAAAAAAGUCUGGAAGCUCGCGAGGAGCGCAGCUAAUCAACGGAGGCUCCUCGGAUAGAUCAGUGUUUUUUUUUGUGUGUUUUUUUAAAAAUAAUAAUAGAAAUAAGGCAGGGCUGCGUGGGAGGUCAGCCUCGCAUGAGUCUCUUGCUUUGGUGCUGCGGAAGUGGAGCUGAUAAUUAGCAUUUUACAUAAAGCGCAGUAGCUGUCACAUGCCACGCUUUUGAGUAGAACUCUUCGGAAUAAAAGUAUGCAAUUUAGUAAUUGUGGAUGUUAAAGUACUGUGAUCAUGGAGUAGUCGAGUAGUUCAGUCAUCAGACAUCAGGUUCAGGGUGAGGUUUAAAUUUUGGGUACAAGCUGCACAGCCGAAAAGUAAAGUGUGUAUGAGUGAGUGUGUGCGCGCUGUACACACUUGCCAACAAAAUUUUUUAUUAAUUUUAAUAUUAAAAUCAGAGGACAAUGCAAUAAAACCAAUUAAAAAUGGGACUGGUCCUGCAUGUGGUGCAUGAUUUAGAGAAACCCGAACAUGGAAUCUCUCUCUGGGAUUUAGAUUAGACUCUCUUCCUUCUUUCUUUUCACGGAGCGAGAAUGCUUUUUUUUUUGGUGGUGGGGGGGAAGGUGGCUUCUCUGUGGACAAAACCUGUUUUUUCUUUUUUUUUUCUUUUUUACGAUGUGACGAACUGAGAACAAUGUUGUCGCGUGUCGGCGAUGCUGUCCGGCGUGAAUGGAGAGUUGUCUGUGAGCUUGUGCGCCAUGAAAAUGGAGCCUGACUGGACAAAGAAAAAAAACAAAAACAACAACAUACUUUUUAUUAUUUUGUCAUCCAAAUGAAAUGUAUAUACCAGCUUUUUGCCAAUUCAUAACAUUUGCACUUUGAAGAACUUCUGUACAGUAUGAUUUGUGAAACUUCUGAACGUGGUGUGGUGGGUAGAAAAAAAGAAAAAAAAGAAAUAGCCAUCCAGGUUUUUAACUGGAAUCUUUUAAUCAUCCCAAAUGGAUAAUUUGCACAUUUUUUCAAAAAUGAUAAUAUUGUUAUUGUGUUUCUUGUUUCAUCGCUUUUAGCCUAAACUGUGACAGCUUAAAUAUUGGCCAACUUUUUCUUUGUUUGACUCUGGUCAUAUCCCACUAAAGCCUCUUUCAGCAAUAUCAAAAAUCUUUCAAACAAUUAAAUCUCUGCUGCAUGAUUUAUCCACCUGUACGGGGUGGGAUAACGUUAGGAUUGAUCUAGUACAAAAACAUUUAUUUCUUUGUAAAUAAAACAGUAAGAUGGCAAGAUGCCAUGCUAUUUUUAUUUUUUUUUUUGUCUUUAUCAAGAUAACCCUUGUAACAUCUCCUCGAACAGUUGUUAUGCAUUUAUCGUAACUGGAAUUACAAAUGACAAUGCCAAUAAAGUACAAAAAGCCUGUCAGCCUGACAGUUUUAUGUCA